AUGGUAUUAGGUAAACGUGGAAGGGAGCCUGAACAAUCAGACUGGGGAGCCCAAGGUAGACUACGCUCACGGCCAAAACCCAAUCCUCCCAACGUCCAGCUACCAUCAGAGCAACCAAAACAGCGAGGUAAACCACGACGCCUACGGCUCAUUCCUCCAACACUCCAAAACCAAACGGGCCCGAGCCGAGCGGAGUCUACUGAUCCAGGGUCAAGCCACAGCGAGACCUCGACUUGCUAUUCCCAGGACGUUACAAAUUACGACGUGGAUCGAGGUGUCGAAGCCGCCGGAACUCCACAAGCCGGAGACAUUGAAUGUUGGGGAAAGCAAAAAGGGGCUGCUGAGUUCAUCCGGUCACAGUCUGGUCUCGAAACGAGUUGGGUUGGCAUCCGGCCUCUGGGUAAGGGAGGUUGUGGCAUCGCUGGUCUCUGGGAGCUUCGGGGCGAUGACGGCCAGAGGUACGGUAGAUUCAGGCAACACUUGCCAGAACCAUUUCUGUGGGAUACAUUCUAUCAUUUGGUAGAGGCGGCUACGGCGAUGAGGAACGGAUCAAAACGUGACAAGUGGGACUUUGAGAUUGUGCACCGAGACCUAAAACCCGGUAACGUCUUUCUAGGAGAGGAGAAUGAGGAUAAAGGUUUCCCUUUUUACCCAGUCGCCAAGACAGGUGACUUUGGCUUAGCUGUAAUGACCAGCGCCAAAGAUCCUUCGAACCCGAGCAGGUAUCGAGGCCCCGGAACUCAAGGCUACCUUGCGCCGGAGCAGGUGAAUGACGACACCCCCAAGGAAGAGCAGGACAAAUUGUCCUCAUAUACCAACGUCUGGGCCAUCGGCGCAACAAUGCUCGAACUGCUGACCUUGUACGCACACUUGGAUUAUAUCAACGACCCCGAAUAUAAUGACGCUGGCAGGAUUAGAGUCAUUGAAACCAACAAGGAGCCAGAGUACAGUCAAGAUUUAAGAGACCUGAUCAAAGCUUGCAUCGAACCCAAACCUUUGGAACGGAUAAAGCUCGAAGACCUCCGAGCCCGCAUCAAGUCAUAUCAUGAUUGCAUCAUCAGAGAAUACAGACAAUCAAGCAACGAUUGGCGGGCAAGAUACGAAUCCGACAGUCUUCUUUACUACGCCCGGAACGAAAUCAACAACAUGCCUACAGGGGAAUGGGAACCUUACAAAGCGAUCAGCCCCUCGAAGCCUGAAGAUGUGAAAUUUCCCGAUCAUGCCUGGCCGGUCGUGUUCCCACGUUUUGACGAUGGUCCCGAGGCCGGAGGAAAAAAGGGCGGUGACGGUAACGGUGAUGCAGGAAAAGAAGGCGGAGGUAUAAAAGGACUAAAGGGUGGCCUGCCAGAUGGCGCACCGGACGGAGGAACGGACGGUAGUUCCGGCGACUCGCUUUCCCCCCCGCCAUCUGAUCCUCAGCCACCCACUCCUUUCCAUUUCCCUGCUCCACAGGCUCCGGCCGGACAACCUGCUCCCAGAAUGCUCAGGAACGGACGGAUCUUUGGAUACUUUUAG